AUGCCAGCGCUCCCAAGCUCCCGCUUCUCCAUCACCUGCCGACCACGAUCUCCCUCAGUGCCUUGGUGGGCUGGGGGCUGCGGGGUGCGGGGCACUGGGUUCCUGCUGCUCUCCUAUCUGGCUUACCUGGUGCUGGGAACUGGUGUGUUCUGGGCGCUCGAGGGUCGCUCGACUCAAGACCGUGGCCGCAACUUCCAGCGCGACAAGUGGGAGCUGCUACAGAACUACACGUGUCUGGAUGGCCCGGCGCUAGACCUGCUGAUCCGGGGCAUCAUCCAAGCAUACAAAGAUGGGACCAGCCUCCUGGGAAAAACCACCAGCAUGGGGCGCUGGGAGUUUGUGGGCUCUUUCUUCUUUUCUGUGUCCACCAUCACCACUAUUGGUUACGGCAACCUGAGCCCGCAGACCAUGGCUGCCCGCCUCUUCUGCAUAUUCUUUGCUCUGGUGGGGAUUCCAUUUAACCUCGUGGUGCUCAACCGGCUGGGCCACCUCAUGCAGGGUGGGGUGCACAGAUGUGCCCACCGGCUGGGGGCCAGAUGGCAGGGCUCUGCGUGGGCACAGUGGCUAACAGGCUCCGCUGCGCUGCUCUCAGGCCUCCUGUUCUUCCUGUUGUUGCCUCCGCUUCUCUUUUCCCACAUGGAGGGCUGGAGCUAUGUGGAGAGCUUCUACUUUGCCUUCAUCACUCUCAGCACCGUGGGAUUUGGCGACUAUGUGAUUGGUAUGAAUCCUUCUCGAAAGUACCCUCUGUGGUACAAGAACAUCGUGUCUCUGUGGAUCCUCUUCGGGAUGGCCUGGCUGGCUCUAAUGAUCAAACUAAUUCUGUUCCAGUUUGAGACUCCGGGGGAUUUAGGCACCUGCUCACAGUGCUCCAGGAGGAACUGGAGGCCAGGCCAAGAAGGGAAACAUGGGGUUCCAUGGCCAGGCUGCUGUUUUGAGGGGUCUGAGGGAGCCACACAGCAUCUAGAACCUUCUGCUCAGGUUAUGGACUUUGACAACGACACCUAGCUGUAUUUCACAAUUGCUGAGUCUUCCUUGUCAGACCUCUAAUUUUAA